CGCGACGAGGACGGGGCGGUUCCCCGGGGCCGCCCUCAUUUCCGGCGGCGGUGCGCCGGGCGGCGGGCAGAGUGUUGCUGCGGGCUGGCGGGGGAGCCAUGGGCAAGGCCAGGCCGGCGGCGGCGCGCACGAGGGGAGCCGGGGCGCCGGCGGGUGCGCAGGGCGGCCGAGCGAGGCCCAACCCUAAUCCGUUCGAGGUGAAGGUGAACCGACAGAAGUUUCCGGUGCUGGGCAGGAAGGCGCGCCACGCCGUGGGGCAGCCCGGCGUGUCGCGCGCGCGGGCCGUGCACAAGCGCACCCAGACAUUACUGAAGGAGUACAAGGAAAGGGACAAGUCCAACGUGUUCACAGAUAAGCGCUUUGGGGAGUACAGUAGCACCAUGAGCCCAGAGGAGAAGAUGAUGAAGAGGUUUGCCCUGGAGCAGCAGCGGCAACAUGAGAAAAAAAGCAUCUACAACCUAAACGAAGAUGAAGAAUUAACUCAUUACGGCCAGUCUUUGGCAGACAUCGAGAAGCAUAAUGACAUUGUUGAUAGUGACAGCGACACGGAGGAACGUGGAACACUGUCUGCCGAGCUGACUGCUGCCCAUUUCGGAGGUGGUGGCGGGCUCCUUCAUAAGAAGACCCCGCAGCAGCAAGGAGAAGAGGGGGAGAAGCCGAGGUCACGCAGAGAACUCAUUGAAGAGCUCAUUGCCAAGUCUAAGCAGGAGAAGAGGGAGAGACAGGCACAACGGGAAGGUGCUCUGGAGCUCACGGAGAAGCUGGACCAAGACUGGAAAGAAAUCCAGACUCUCCUGACACACAGAACUCCCAAGUCUGAGAACAGGGAUAAGAAGGAGCGACCCAAGCCUGAUGCAUAUGACAUGAUGGUUCGUGAGCUGGGCUUUGAAAUGAAGGCCCAGCCCUCUAACCGGAUGAAGUCAGAAGAGGAGCUGGCCAAGGAGGAGCAGGAGCGGCUUCAGCAGCUAGAGGCUGCACGGCUACGGAGAAUGCGUGGUGAGGACGAGGGCAGCGAGCCUAGGAAACCGAAGCACCUGUCCGCGGAUGACUUAAAUGACGGCUUCGUUCUGGACAAAGACGACAGGCGACUACUGUCCUACACGGAUGGGAAGAUGAGCAUUGAGGAAGAGCAAAGCAGGGAAGCCAGUGAUGGUGAGAGUGAAGAGGAGCAGGGUGAAGACCUGAGUGAGGAGGACCCAGAGAACAGCAGUGACCCUGAUGGGCACUCAGACCUGGAAUCGGACAUGGACAGUGAGGAGGACUGUGGGCGGCCCAUCGGAGAGCCCCGGCAGGCCCUGGGCGAAGGGACGACAAGCAUUGGUCACAGAGCUCAAGAAACUGCCAGGAACCAGCUGCCCUAUACGUUUGCAGCCCCUGAGUCCUACGAGGAACUGAAAUCUUUAUUAUCGGGAAGAACGAGGGAGGAGCAGCUUGUGGUGGUGGAGAGAAUUCAGACCUGCAAUCAUCCGAGUCUUGCUGUGGGAAACAAAGCAAAACUGGAAAAACUAUUCGGCUUCCUUCUGGAGUACGUUGGAGAUUUGGCUACAGAUGACCCACCCAACCUCCGAGUGAUUGAUAAAUUGGUUGUGCAGUUAUAUAACCUUUGCCAAAUGUUUCCUGACUCCGCAAGCGACUCUAUAAAAUUCGUCCUGCGAGAUGCCAUGCACGAGAUGGAAGGGGCCGUUGAGGCCAGAGGCCGGGCGGCUUUUCCAGGCCUUGAUGUGCUCAUGUAUUUGAAAAUUGCCGGGAUGUUGUUUCCGACCUCCGACCUUCGGCACCCUGUGGUGACCCCCGCACUGGUGUGCAUGAGCCAGCUGCUCACCAAGUGCCCCGUCCUGUCACUCCAAGACGUGGUGAAGGGACUGUUCGUGUGCUGCGUGUUCCUGGAUUACGUGUCCUUGUCUCGGAGGUUCAUUCCUGAGCUCGUGAAUUUCCUUCUUGGAAUCCUUUACAUCGCAUUGCCAAACAAGUGUGGCCGCGGUUACACUCUGGUGCAUCCUUUCAGAGCAUCUGGGAAGAACUCAGAGUUGCUCGUGGUUUCUGAUGAAGAGGACAAAGCCACGUGGCAGAGGAGAGGCCUGUCCCUCCACUGGGCCUACAGACUGAAGGCCCAAAAUAAGACGGAGGCCAACCACACCAGCAGGGCAUGGGUGGGGCGUCAGCUCCAUGUGGAUGUAGUUUACAUUUCCCCAAAGCCAAGUGGUGCCAAGUGUCCAGUCGGGUCCGCAGCUGUAUUUCGCACGAUGACCCUCUCUGCUCAGGGACACGGGACAGCUGUCCUGCCCAACACCACGCUGCGCAUAUACUCCGGCCUGUGGUGGGUUUGUCAGAGCUGUGUGUUGGGGGUUGUGGUUUUUGCCGAGAGGACAGACUGUGGCAAUGAUGGAAUGGAACAAGCUGGUCCCUUUCCUGCCUCUGGGCCUAAAGUUGGGUGUCGCCCCCCACCCCCCCGCAGACUGUCCUGCCUGGCUGUGUGUCUGGCUCUGGUGAAGGGCUGCGCGCAGUUCUACAGCUCGCUGCCAUCCUUCUACGCCAUUGUGAGGCCGCUGCGAGCCCUGCUGAUGGAGCACCUGGCUGGCCGCAGUCACCCCCCAGAGCUCCAGGAACUGUGCCAGAGCGCGCUGGCCAACCUGGAGGAACCUGAGCCCCGCUGCCGGCCACUGGUCUGUGCGAAGAGCAAGCCCGAGCCACUGAAGCUCUUCACCCCCCGGCUGGUCAAAGUCCUGGAGUUUGGGAGGAAGCAGGGAAGCAGCAAGCAGGAGCAGGAGCGAAGGAGGCUGAUCCACAAGCACAAGCGUGAAUUUAAAGGGGCUGUGCGGGAGAUCCGCAGGGACAACCAGUUUCUGGCCCGGAUGCAGCUCUCCGAGACCCUGGAGCGGGAUGCGGAAAGAAAGCGAAAAGUUAAACAGCUUUUUAAUAGUCUGGCCACACAGGAAGGUGAAUGGAAGGCUCUGAAAAGGAAAAAGUUCAAAAAAUAAAUAGUGUCCCAGUGAGGCACUGAACGGAAUAAAGGCUGUCUUCUCCUGCG